GCGAGUGGAAUGUAUCAGUGUGUUUGUGUGAGAACUUGUUGGUGUGUCAAGUUCGAAGUUCGUGAUAAUACGGUGAUAAGGACAGCAACAAAAAUUAUUGGAGCUUUCAUUUUCACAUUGUGAAUGGUUAUUAUGUAACAUCCUAGUUUUUUCAUGUUCGAUAUGUAGUCACUCCAUUAAUGUACGUCUGUUAGAAAAUUUCUCUUUAUCAGUUCGUUCCAAUGUAAACACUAAAACACAGAUCGAUUCAAGUUUAAUGCUUCACAAGAAUGACUGUGUAGUUAGUUGAAUUUCCAUUUUUGCUUCUUCUGUGAUAAUAAUGCACACCAUGAGACUUUUGGCAUCUUACAGACAACAUGCUUAUUUAUCUAAUUUAGUGAGUCAAUUAACUCAAUCUUGUUUGCGUGAUUCAAGACCACACACUGGAUUAUUAACGAGAUUGAACCAUCUGAAAUAUCUCUCUACUGCUCCUAAUGAUGUGAAAAAAGAGGAAAAAUCUCCUCAAACUUACGAGGUAACAUUCGUUAAACGAAAUGGGGACAGAAUUAAAGCUUCUGGGAAAGAGGGCGAUUCUUUAUUGGAUGUUGUAGUUAACAAUAAUCUGGAUUUUGAUGGUUUCGGCGCCUGCGAAGGAACAUUGACCUGUUCAACUUGUCACGUCAUUCUGAAAAAACAAGAUUAUGAUAAAUUACCAGAAAAGCCGAGUGAAGAAGAACUUGAUAUGCUGGAUUUAGCUUUUGAAUUAACUGAUACAUCCAGAUUAGGUUGUCAAAUAAUGCUCAGCAAAGACCUAGAUGGCCUAGAAGUACAGUUACCAUCAACAAUUAAUGAUGCCAGAGGCUAACUUAAACAUUGAAAUGCAUCGUUGAAUUUGCAUGUUAUCAAGUUUAUUACGAACUGUUUUAUUUGCGAUAAAUUAAAUUAUUGAUUUUA